AUGAGUGGAUUUGGAUGAUUGAGAGUAGAAGAAUGAAAUGUUGUGUACUUGUUGAGCAUGUAGGAUUUUACUUUUGUGUGAUUUGAAAUAAACCAAGGAGCAUUGAUGAUUUUACGAAGUAUUUACGA